GUUACUACUAUAUACGGUAGCGUUCUUUCUUGGUGCUUUACAACCGCCAUCUUUCUACGUCGUCUUUUUCCAGUGAGAACGCUGAUAAUCCAGCUUCAAGUUUAACCUACCAUGAAGCACAACAAUCGAACACGCAAUGCCCUACGACCAGAACAGCUGAAGCCACUCGUUGUUAUAUUAAACCAAACUAUCUACCCCAGCGAGCACAAUAUUGCGAAGUUGUCGAACGAGACUGGAUUAACUCAACCUGAGAUAAAAAAUUGGUUCUACAAUCAACGACGGAAACUGCGAAGGAAAGCGUCGAAAUUGGACCAGACGUUAACACAGUUGUGCCAAGAACAAUGGCGUGCAAUCUCUCAAGGACACUUCGAUCCGUUUUACAGAGGAUGUACAUGUUCUUCCUAUUAUGCACCGCCGAUGCAACUCCUCGAGGAAAAUAAAAUCACUCUACCACCUAUUGCAAUUAUGUUCCCCGACAUUUUCAACGACAUCUCUGAAAUAUGAACUACCCUUGUCAUCAGUAACAAAAGAUACAUUUUUUAAACUAUUUUAGCCUCCUGUAGAACGACGUCAAUAUGAACAGCAUAAUUCUUGAUGCAUCUUGUAGAUAUUCUAUCCUAUCCUACGUAGUACCGAUCUUAAAGAUUUCUUAUUC